AUGUCUCCCACAAUCCUCAUCGCUGGUGCCACAGGCAACACUGGCCGAAACACUACCGAAACCCUGUCACGAUUUAUCGAUUCCAAGAGCUUUCUCUCUGGCUACAAGAUCCUCGCCCUCACCCGUUCCGCCAACGGAGAUGCAGCCAAGCAGUUGUCCAAGCUGCCAAACGUCGAGGUCGUGGAGAUGGCCUGGACAGAGGUAACAGCCGAUUGGCUUCGCAAAAACAAUGUCGUCAGGGCAUUUAUAGCAUCACACGUGCUGCCAACCCAGUUUUCCGAAGAGUCAACAUUCCAUGUUGCCGCUCUCAAAGCAGGCGUCAAGUAUGUCGUUCGCAUCUCGACCACGGCUGCAAACGUGCGCCCUGACAGUCUGGCGUACUACUCACGAACACACUGGGCGAUCGAAAGCUUGCUGGCCUCGCCAGAGUUUAGUGCUAUGCAGUGGACUUCGCUGCAGCCCAAUGCCUUCACUCCGCUCUUCCUCAACACUGGGGUGCAGUUCGUCAAAGAUUUCCGAGAGACCGGAAAGCAGGGUAUUCUGAGGCUAAUGUCAAACGAGGAUGCGCCUGUCGCUCCUAUUGAUGCUAACGAGGUCGGGGCUAUCGCCGCUCACUUGUUGGCCGAGGAGGAUCCAAGCCGACACAACAAGGCAAAGUACGUCUUGAACGGACCAGAGGACAUCACCGGCAAGCAGGUUGUCGAAUUGGUUGAACAAGCCAUUGGCACCAAGGUCGAAAACGUUGUUUAUAAGGAUACGUCUUUUAUUGAUCACAUGGUUAUGGCGGCACCUUCAGAAUUUCAGUCUAUUAUGAAGUCGAUUGUGCACUCUUUGGAUGCGAGCUGGGAAGGAAAGUGUUCGACCUCGACGACGAGCAAGGAGAUGCUGGAGUUGGAUCUACUGAAGCUCACGCCUGCUGAGGCGUUCAAGGCUUUCAUCCAGUAG